CAGGGAGGAGGAAGGAGAGAGACAGAGAAGAGGAGGAAGAGAAAGAGUCAUGAGGCCUACAAUUUUCCUGAGAAGGAUAUGAGGAUGAAUGGAUGACAGGGAGACCAGGAGAGACAUGCAAUGGAUUCGUGGGAAGAUGACCAGGCUGAGCAGCGCUCCUGUCUCAUUUGUGGAGACCGCGCCACAGGACUGCACUAUGGCAUUAUUUCCUGCGAGGGCUGCAAGGGCUUUUUCAAGCGCAGCAUCUGCAACAAGCGCGUCUACCGAUGCAGCCGCGACAAGAACUGCGAGAUGUCGCGCAAGCAACGCAACCGCUGCCAGUACUGCAGGCUUCUCAAGUGCCUGCAAAUGGGAAUGAACCGCAAAGCAAUCAGAGAGGAUGGCAUGCCAGGAGGACGAAACAAAAGCAUCGGUCCCGUACAGAUUUCCGAUGAGGAGAUCGAACGGAUUAUGUCCGGACAGGAGUUUAAAGAUGAAGCUAGCAUGCCAGAACACACAUGGGGAAACAACGGCGACAGUGACCAUAGUUCCCCUGGCAACGGUGUCUCCGAUGGGAACCAGCCCUCACCUGUCUCCACACUUUCUUCCAAUCGCUCCGUGGAGCUGAAUGGCUACACAGCUGCUUUGAGGGAACAGUACAUUGGCAACGCUAUGGCCCAGCACUACCAGUUCUUGCCCCAUCUGUUUGGAUACGCUGCCCAGCCACGGAGUCUGUACCCUCAGAGUCAUACCCUCAUCAGCCAGCUGGUGGCAGCAGAGGAGCUGGCCCCUCUUGGCACGCCCAUGCUUAUAGAGGACGGGUAUCGGGUCACUCAGGUGGAGCUCUUUGCCCUGUUGUGUCGGUUAGCAGACGAGCUGCUCUUCAGACAGAUCUCCUGGAUCAAGAAGCUUCCUUUUUUCUGUGAGCUGUCCAUCGAGGACUAUACUCGGCUCCUGAGCGCCACCUGGCAGGAGCUUAUCCUGCUGGCCUGUCUGACAGUCUACAGCGCACAGGUGCUGGGCGACCUCGCCAACGUCACAGACAAAUACACUCCGUCCGAUGACGAGCUGCAGAGUUUCAGUGAGGAUGGCAUGGAGUUGAUGGAGAAGCUGAUCUAUCUGUUCCGUAAGUUCCAUCAGUUGAAGGUCAGCAAUGAAGAGUAUGCCUGCAUGAAGGCCAUUAACUUCCUCAACCAAGAUAUUCGUGGUCUGACUAAUGUGACACAGUUGGAGCAGCUGAACAAGCGUUAUUGGUACGUUUGUCAAGACUACACCGAGUACAAGUACCCUCACCAACCCAAACGCUUUCCAGAGAUCAUGAUGUGUCUGCCAGAAAUCCGCUGCAUUGCAGGGAAGCUGGUCAAUAUUCCUUUGGAGCAGCUCCCCCUGCUGUUUAAGGCAGUAUUGCACUCCUGUAAGUCCAGUCUGAAUAACUACAGGACAGGUUCUUCCCCCUGUGUGGCCGCAAAGGGUACCGCCCCUGCCAACUAGCCCCGCCCCUUGACAACACCCUCCCCAUCUAUUGCACGGGGGUGGGGUGUUUUAUGGGGUGGGACACCUGGUGCCCGACUCCUCCUCUCAUGAAUGUGACAAGAAACUAUUUUCUACAUUUAGUUUAGUUUAGUUUCGUUUUUUUCUCUAUUUAUUACCAGACAGAGCUGAAUGUAUGUUGAUCCACACUGUGCACAUGCUUCUUUUUCAAAUGGAAAUACACAAUAAGCACAGUGGAUUUCACACACUUCAGUCCAACUGCGAUAUGUGACAAGUGUAACCACUGAUCAGAUGAGAUCUACUACUAGCUUUUUAAUUUUUUACGUUUAUUCACUUCUCUUUUGGAUGCUGAUAGGAGACAGAUAUGUAUGAAAUGAAUUCUGCUUUAUUGAAUGACUACCUCAGGAAGAAACUGUUACACGUAACUCGGUUCUCAGUGCUCUGGGCUGGUCGGGAAGUUAACAUUGACACUACGCCUUUUGAGUGUUUUUUUUUUUUUUUUUUAGACCGUCUUGUCUUAUGCAUUUGUGUGUGCUGCACACAAUAUGCAUUUGCAUUGCACAGCAGUUCUCAAAGACAGUAGUCAUGGAGAGCGUGAUUUUUUUCAUAUAAGAGAUGUGUACGGAUAAGUUUCACAAUCAUAAACUGGGGACAAAAUGAGGAUUCUACUUAACGACAGAGUAUGUCUGUUAAUAUUAAUAUUAAAAAAUUAAAUUUUUUGACCAAAGAGUUAUGCAAAGUUGGAGGGAAGUGAGCAAUGCUUUGCUCACAAAAAUACCAGACAGUGGACUCAGUUCUGGGGAAAAUAGCGGCUUCCAACAUCAAACGCUACACUCUGCACAGUUUGCACUCAGUUCAGUGGUUUACAUUUUAAGGUAUCAGUUUUAAAUAGUAUUUUUCCUUGAUUUCCAGUAAAAAAAUAAAUAUCUAAGCAUCUUUAAAACAAGACAAAUCUACUGUAGCAAUUUUGAAAGAUAAUAUGCAACUUGUUUUCAGAAAAUGUAUCUUUGAUUUGAUUUAUUUAUGUAUUUAUUUUGCCUUUUGCCGUUUGUUUUUGUUUUUUUUGCCAUUCAAUACAUUUUGUUAGAUUUGUGCUUGAAACAAGAAAUACCAAUAUGGUAAGAAAAAUUUACUAAAUUCAAGAUAUAUUCUUUGAAAACAAGUCUUAUUUAUUUUGUUUUAAGGAUGUUUUGAUAUGUUUACUGGAAAGACAAAAAUACAGAUUAAGUAUUUUAUUUUUGUGCAAUUUACCUUAGGAAAAUUUCCCACAGACACUCAGUAUCCUCAUUCGAAGCAUUCAUUCGGAUGCGGUAGCAUCUUGAGGUAUUUUAGUAACUGUGAAGUUGUGAUUUUGAUAUUUAUUAGCUCAUGUUUGGCCUUCAAGUGAUGAAGUACAAUCGCAUCCUGAAAGGACCUAACUUUCAAAUGGGAAAUUUUCAAAAGCAAAUACUGGACUGGCCUUUUACCGUAAGUUGUAAAAUUAUGAUUCUUUUUUCGCCAAAUGGUUUCAAACUGUCCCAAAGGCCAUUUAUUUGACUGAGUUCCGAUGUUAUGUGUGAAAAAUUGGAUUUCCUCAAAGUGUCGUCUGAGCAAGCAGCCAGUGUGCCUAGUUCAGGCCUAGUUUGUUGCUGGUUCCUUCCCUCACGUUUUAAACAGGGUAAAGUUACCAUUUUUAUAGUUCACUCCCAUCUCUCUCCGUUUUCACAGUGCUGAUGUACUUGUAGGUUUAGUAGUUUGUAGUAUUCUGGACAUUGUAGGUCCUUUUAGAAGUUAUUGUUGUUGUUGGUUUUUUUUUCUUUUGUUUCUGAACCGGGAGGGGAAGUGUUGUUUUGAAGGGUAUUUUGUUCGGUUUUGAGUAUCAAAUGCAAUGAGUUUUACUUUAAACCCAAUUCGAAAGAAAAUAUGACUGAGAUGUUAGCUAGUCCGGCAACGAAAAGCUAUCCGAUGCCCUGGGGAUUUCGUUAAGUUUUUUUUUUCUCUCCUUUUGUUUUUCAUCUGUACCAAGGCAUCGCUGGAUGCGCUCUUUGUAACUCAUUUCAAACAUUCCAAAAAUGUUAGAUAUGCGUCGAGUAAUGUUUACAUAUUUGCACCAGACAAUGACAAGGGGUCCAUACCAAAGAUGCAUGCUCAUCCUGGCAAUUACCCCAUCUCAAGCCUAAAAAGUGCAGCUAAACCUGAGUGGCAACACUUGACAUCUCUGUCAGAGCCUUUGUAAAUGCUACUAAAGGGGUCACGUUGUUUAUCAUCCGUUAACAUUUCUAAGGCCAAAUGUUACCACUCUGUCCACAUGCCACUUUGCGUGUCCUUAAUCUUUAAACACUGCCUGUUACAUGGUUUCAUUGUUUCAUCCAUCCCAUAAUAUGUUCAUUUGGAUCUCUUCACAUUUGUCGUGUUUGUACGUUGUUUACACUUGUAGAUAUCGUGAGUGUUUUCUUUUCUGGCGGGGGUUGUUUUGGAGUGUGAGUGAGCUAAAUGUUGACUCUCCUCGCGAAACUUCAGACUAAACUCCCGAUACGGUAGAAGUGUUUGUUACAGGUAAAAACUCCAAAACACACUGGCUUGGAGUGCGGUAGCACACGUUUAACAUGCCAUCACCCACGUAAGAAGAGACUCGUAGGUGCCUGGAACAACCGCAGAGAGCUUUUGUCGCAUAUGAAGCUGCUAUAUACACCAGUCUUCACGAAUGUGGCCGCUGUGUACUGAGUUUCUCUUUGAUUCUGUUUAAAAACGGAAGACAGAUGUGCUGUAUUUGAUGUAACACUUCUUAUAUCUGGGCUUUCGGUGUCUUGAAGUGUUUUGGUUGUAAAAAUUAUGUCUGGCCUAGUUAUCAGGCAGGAACAUUAGUUUUCCUUACUUGCUUUUUUUAUUUUUUAAAUAGGUCCAUGUGAAGUCAUGCUGCGAUAUCUAUAAACAGUUUCGUUUCUGGCAUUUUGGUCUGAACCUUGAAUGAUAUUUUUCUUGAGGGAAGCUUUUGGAUCUUGUACUCUUGCAUUUGGAAAAAUCCACUCCACAGUAUAGAUGUGAUAACUGAUGGUGAAGGUCUGUUUGUUGUGUUUUUCCUUCAUAUUUUACAAUGUGUCCUCAUUUGUUCUUUUUAUUCAUUUUUCUUUUGAAAUUUCUACAUUGAAACUACCUCUUUUGUGUGUCAUCAUGUUGCGUGCUUUCAUGGAAAAGUAUUAAUCGUUAUUUAUUGGUUUCAUAGCACCAGUGACCCUGUUUCUUUGUACGUCCCAUAUGCCAUUCUAGAAACUUCAGAGAUUGUGAUAAGAAAAUAGUUUCCACCUGUUCAUAUUCAGUCAUUGCCUCACAGAAUACAUUUACCUUAGGUCCAGCUGAAGCUUCCUAUUAUCCUUCAUUCAUAGACGUAGUAUGUUAUGUGUGAUCGACUACUCCGCCAUCAAAUGCUGCAUUGGACGUUUACCUCACUUUUCAAUGAAGACCUUUUCUCAGUGCAAUUAUAACGUUGUUCUCUCAGUGUGAAAUGAACAGUAUUAUAUUCCUAGUUGUAAACACUGUUUGUGAAUUGUUUUCAUGAAGAAUGUAUUUUUGUCGAUUUGACUUAUUAUUUCUCGACUGUUUACAAUUUUUAUUGUCAAUCCUGUGUAAUCAUUUUAAUGCUUUGACACUUUUCAGCCAAUCAGAUUUCUUUCACUUGAAUGGUUACGGGUAUGCUGAUUGGUUAUUGAAAGACUAUCAAAGUGCUGUCAAAUUUACAUAAAGACUCCAUAGUCAGGGAACUAAUUUCAAUCUUCUAAAAAUUCCCUUUGGAAUUCUUCAUUAGCCAGUGGGAAUUUUAAAGGGAUGGUUCACCCCAAAUAAAAAAAAUAAUAAUAAUUUUAGUUCUUCUGGAACAUGAAAGGAGAUGUUUGGCAGAAUGUUAGAGAUGGACAACCUUACCUACUGCCUAACAUCUCCUUUUGUAUACCAAGAAUGAACAAAAGCCAUACGGGUUUGGAACAACACGAGGGUGAUCAUUUACCCUGAAUUUUCAUUUUUGGGUGAACUAUAGCCUUUUAAAAAAAGAAACAAUGGCGAAUGUUGGGACUUGAGCAAACCAUACGGAGUCAGAUGAGAGGUUUGGCGAUAUCUCAGGGAAUAGACACGCUCCUAAAAACCCACAAAUACUCACUAUGUUAACAACACUGUUCCAUUUUUUUUUACCAAGGUAAAUCAGAGACGUUUGUAGGUCUUUGGACUGCCCCUAGUUUAGUUGAAGGAAAUCUGGCACGACGUUCAGUGGCGAUUAAUCCAGCCAUGUAACAUGUUUGUGUGGUUUUGGGAGGGUUGUCUGGGGUGCUUUUCCUAACCCUUGUCACAAACCUCUUUCUCGGCUCCUCUGACUUUUACUACCUGUGAAGAAUGUGACCCAUACGUGUUAUAAAAGCAUGUUUAGAAUGUUUAGGACUUGAAACCAAAUAAAUGUGAAUCUUAUGCAACUGUGAAA